AGUUUGACCCUUCUUGAUUUAAUCAUCAUCUAGAUCUCUAUAAAUCUCUGAUAUUGUGCUUCCAUUUAUUUCUUUCCUGUUUUUUGAAUCUAAACAGGAAUAUGGCUGCUGUGUGUUUGAAGUUUAUAUGCCUUUUGCUAGUGCUUCUUCUCAGUUCUGCAUGGCUCUCCACUGGUGAUGAUAGUCAAGCUGCAGAAGAUGCUGCUGCUAUUUCAACUGAGAAGGAGGAAUUUUCCGGAAGAAAUGCAAUUGGAGGAAGGAAAAUGGUUCCCAUAAAACUCAUCGUCAAGAGGGUAGCCAUUAAAGGCAGUGGAGAACUAGCAGAGAGCUUAAGGAUUUCAAGUGCAAAUCAAGAAAUAGCGGCUGCAGGAAAAUCAGGCAAGAAGAAGAAUAAGGCUGUUGAUCAAAAUGAAGGAAGUAAACAGCUAAAUAAUGAGGGUGGUUUUGUAGCUUUCAGCGCCGAUUACCAUGCUCCUAGACAUCACCCACCUAAAAACAAUUGAUGAAAAAGUUGAUAUAUUAAUGUGCUUUUGUUAGUUUUUGUAUGUUUUUUUCUCCCUCUUCUCUCUGUAGCCUACAUGUCUUGCUUUUGUUAACUUUGUUAUCGUAUAAAGAUACUAACACGUG